CAAAGAAAUCCACUAUCUCUUGGCUCCUUGCUACCUCCACUCUCCACCGCACCCUCGCCCCCGCCCCCGCCCCCGCAUGUCGCUGGCGGCGAGCCAGCCUAAUCAAUCGCCAAUGCUCACCUCGUUGCUCCCGCCGCCCACCGUCCCGGUCGUCUCCAAACUCUCCUCCGCGUCGGCGUCGCCCAAGACCGCAAAGCCCACCAGGCUUGCCGCGCUCUCCACCUCCACCUCCGCCACCGCCCUCGCCCUCGCCCCAGCCCCCGCCGCGACGUCCGACGAUGCGCCGCCCGGCGGAGGCGGCGAGGGCGCCGGCGCCGGCCGCCUCUCCGCGCUCAUCCGCUCGCUCUGCGCCGCGGGGCGCACCGCGGAGGCCGCGCGGGCGCUGUCAGCCGCGGCCGCGCGCGGCGGCGCGGGCGUCGUCGCCUACAACGCCAUGGUCUCCGGCUACUGCCGCGCGGGGCAGCUGGCCUCCGCGCGCCGCCUCGCCGCGUCGGUGCCCGUCCCGCCCAACGCCUACACCUACUUCCCCGUCGUGCGCGCGCUCUGCGCGCGGGGCCGGAUCGCCGACGCGCUGUCCGUGCUCGACGAGAUGCGCCGCCGCGGGUGCGCGCCCAUCCCGCCCAUGUACCACGUCAUCCUCGAGGCCGCCUGCAGCAGGGGCGGCGGCGGCGGGUUCCGGAGCGCCGUCAGGGUGCUCCAGGACCUCCACGGCCGGGGCUGCGCGCUCGACGUCGGCAACUGCAACCUCGUCCUCAACGCCGUCUGCGACCAAGGCGGGUCGGUGGACGAGGCGCUCCGCCUGCUGCGGGACCUGCCCACGUCCUUCGGCUGCGACCCGGACGUGGUGAGCUACAACGCCGUGCUCAAGGGCCUCUGCAUGGCCAAGCGCUGGGGACGUGUGCAGGACCUCAUGGAGGAGAUGGUCAGGGUCGGCUGCCCGCCCAACGUCGUCACCUUCAACACCCUCAUCGGGUACUUGUGCCGGAACGGCUUGUUCGAGCGGGUGCAUCAGGUGCUCGCGCAGAUGGUGGACCAUGGUUGCACGCCGGACAUCAGGAUGUAUGCCACUGUCCUCGAUGGUGUCUGCAAGGAAGGGCAUCUCGAGGUUGCGCAUGAGAUUUUGGAUCGGAUGCCUUCCUACGGGCUCAAGCCCAAUGUGGUUUGCUACAAUACUGUGCUCAAGGGCUUGUGCAGCGCCGAGCGGUGGGAGCAAGCCGAGGAGUUGCUGGCUGAGAUGUUUGACAAUGACUGCCCGCUUGAUGAUGUCACAUUCAACAUACUUGUCGAUUUCUUCUGCCAGAAUGGGCUGGUGUACCGGGUGAUCGAGCUGCUCGAGCAGAUGCUGGAGCAUGGAUGCGUGCCGGAUGUCAUCACAUACACUACGGUCAUCAACGGCUUCUGCAAGGAAGGGCUUAUCGACGAAGCUGUCAUGUUGUUGAAAAGUAUGGCCGCCUGUGGAUGCAGGCCGAAUACCAUAAGCUAUACCAUUGUGCUCAAGGGUUUGUGCAGCGCCGAACGAUGGGUGGAUGCUGAGGACCUCAUGUCUCAAAUGAUCGAGCAAGGCUGUUCUCCGAAUCCUGUCACAUUCAACACAGUCAUCAAUUUCUUGUGUAAAAAGGGACUGGUUGAGCAGGCCAUUGAACUUCUUAAGCAGAUGCUACUGAAUGGAUGCAGUCCCGACCUGAUUAGCUACAGCACAGUGAUUGAUGGGCUUGGCAAGGCUGGCAAGACAGAUGAAGCACUGGAGCUGUUAAAUGUGAUGGUCAACAAAGGGAUGAGCCCAAACACAAUCAUUUAUUCGUCAAUAGCUUCUGCUCUCUCCAAAGAAGGUAGAAUUAACAGGGUAAUUCAGAUGUUUGAUAACAUCCAAGAUGUCACAAUAAGGUCCGAUGCAGUGCUCUACAAUGCGGUUAUUUCUUCGCUUUGCAAAAGAGGGGGGACUGACCGUGCUAUUGAGUUUUUGGCAUAUAUGGUGUCCAGUGGAUGCAUGCCCAAUGAAUCGACCUACACUAUACUUAUUCGGGGCUUAGCAAGUGAGGGAUUUGUAAAGGAGGCACAAGAGAUGUUGACUGAGUUGUGCUCCAAAGGUGCUCUAAGAAAGCACUUCAUGAAGCAUUUUGGUAUUGUAUGAAGUAUAAACUGAUACUAGUUACUGUUUGCAAGUGCUGGUGUUAUCAGGAUUAGUUUCUAAUUAGCCUGAAGGUGUCAUCCACAUUAUUUUGCUCCUCCACCCAACCCGUGGUGGUUAGGUAUGAUGUAUCACACUGUUUAAAUACAGGCUUUGAUAGAUGGACACACAAAGUCAGGAUGAAAGACUGUCUCAUAUUCCUAAUUAGUGGCAGUACCUUUUAUUGGGGAGUUUUUGAAGAUAUCUAGAAUACAAAGACAUCAGAAGAUUUAGUCUGACAUAUCAAAAUUGAUGAGAGUAGUUUUUCAGUUAUUUCAGUAGCUGAUGAACAUAGUACACAGAAUUUAUGUACGGGGUUCCUUUCUUUAUGGGAAAACAACAUUUGAGAAUACUACGACUUGAAAAAAAAAGGAAACGGAAAGAUUGUCCCUGCCUCUGGGUGAGCCUGUAACUGAGUAGUUUGAAAUCAUAUUCGCCUAGUUUAAUGUUUAUUUUGUUUAUAUAAUU